AUGGGGAAGGGAAAAUAUUUUGGCUUAUAUUUAUUCCUUUUGAUUCGCGAAGUUAACUGCCUGCUUUUUCUCUCCUAUGCACCAAAACUAGAACGUUAUAAUGUGGACAAGAAUGCUGUAUCCGUUUCUGGGCUGUCAUCUGGGGCAGCCAUGGCCGUUCAGUUUCACGCAGCGCUUUCCAGUCACGUGAUGGGCUUGGGUGUCAUGGCGGGAGUGCCUUACGGCUGCGCGGGACUGGCAGGGAUGACCAUAUCUCUUUGUAUGCUGUCACCCGCUCUAAUUAACACGCAUGCGCUAAUAUUAGUAGCGGAAUCAGCUUCUGAAAUUGGGACCAUUGACAACACCAAAAACAUGGCUAACGACAAGAUCUUCAUUUAUAACGGGCUGUCAGACAGUGUGGUAAAACAUGAUGUUGGGCCAAAGCUUGUAGAGUUUUACCAUCAUUUCACCUCAAACCACAGGAAUGUCAAGACUAAGUUUGAUUUCGAUUCUGAACAUGGUGUGCCAACUCUGAAUUACGGGGGUCCAUGUACCAGUCUUAACCCCGAUUACCUCCUGAAUUGCAAUUACUGGGGCGCUUAUCAUAUGCUCAAUCAUAUUUAUGGAGGCCAUCUGCAACACCCAACAGCCAGCACCUCCCAAAGUGGACAGCUUCUAAAGUUUGACCAGUCAGAUGUGUUUUAUCUGAGCACUCCGGAAACGUACAGCAUGGACAACAUCGGCUACAUCUACGUGCCUUCAGGAUGUGCGGGAAAAUCUGCUAAGUGCAAGCUCCAUAUUGCUUUCCAUGGAUGCAAACAGGGUAGACAUUUCGUUGGAGAUAAAUUCGUCCGUCACGCCGGUUACAACGAGGUUGGAGAGUUGAACAAUAUCAUCAUCCUGUAUCCUCAAGUAACCUCUUCUCUGACGAAUCCCCUGGGGUGCUGGGACUGGUGGGGAUACACCGGCAUAUACUACGGAACGCAAAACGGUUUCCAGAUGACGGCAGUCAGAAGAAUGAUGGAGAAAGUGGUGGGAUAGACUAACCUUGAAGCAAAUACAAUGUCUGAUGUAAACUUUGCGGUUAAAUGGUUAUUACACACAGCCAUAAUGUGUUACGUGUUUGGAUUGCUGACAUUAGCCAC